AAAGCCCGGCAUUUUUCUGAAACUAGCCGGGAGUAAAAUGGAAGACUUCGAAAAAAUUGAAAAGAUUGGAGAAGGUACUUAUGGCGUUGUUUAUAAGGGCCGCAACCGAUUAACUGGGCAAAUCGUCGCCAUGAAAAAAAUUCGAUUGGAGUCUGAUGACGAGGGUGUCCCAUCUACUGCGAUAAGAGAAAUUUCAUUAUUGAAAGAAUUAAAGCAUCCAAAUAUUGUGUGCUUAGAAGAUGUAUUAAUGGAAGAAAAUCGUAUAUACCUGAUAUUUGAAUUUUUAUCUAUGGACCUUAAAAAAUAUAUGGAUUCCUUACCACCGGAAAAGCAUCUUGAUAGCCAACUAGUCAAGAGCUACUUGUAUCAAAUAACAAAUGCUAUUCUAUUUUGCCAUCGACGUCGGGUCCUUCACCGUGAUUUAAAACCGCAAAAUCUUCUUAUUGAUAAAAAUGGUAUUAUUAAAGUUGCAGAUUUUGGACUCGGCAGAUCGUUUGGUAUACCAGUACGCAUUUAUACUCAUGAAAUAGUUACUCUGUGGUAUAGGGCUCCAGAAGUAUUAUUGGGCUCUCCAAGAUACUCUUGCCCAGUUGACAUCUGGUCCAUUGGGUGCAUUUUUGCAGAAAUGGCUACACGGAAACCAUUAUUUCAAGGUGAUUCGGAGAUUGAUCAAUUAUUUCGAAUGUUCAGAAUACUCAAAACACCCACAGAAGACAUUUGGCCGGGCGUAACUUCGCUUCCCGAUUACAAAAAUACAUUUCCUUGUUGGUCGACAAAUCAGUUAACCAACCAGCUAAAAAAUCUUGAUGCAAACGGUGUCGACCUUAUUCAAAGAAUGCUUAUUUAUGACCCAGUACAUCGAAUUUCAGCCAAGGAUAUAUUGGAGCAUCCGUAUUUUAAUGGCUUUAAAAUUGAUUUGGCUAUUUCAGAGUAAGAUUUUAAGAAUGUUACAUUUUAUACGAAAAUAUAAAAUAAACUUUUAAACACGAA